UGACCCCAUGCCUUUCCCACCUCUUCUUGUCAUCAAGCGAAAGAUACACAAACUAAUGUCUUCAGCCUCUAAGCAGCAGUACAGUGGAGGCGUUGCCACUUCCGGGCGCAGAGUACUGACGUCACGGGCCAUGGCCGCCUCCAUUCGCUCCCAUGUGGCUGCCAUUCCCGGAAGCGCCGCCGCCGUGUCUGGACGAGCUGAAGAUCCCAGAUCAGCCAUGAAGCUCCAACGAAGAAACAAGUUUAAGAGGCCAUCUAAAUUUAAGCAAAAAGGCAUCAAAGUUACAGGGAAAUGGAAAGCUGUUGAGAUUGACCCAAAUCUCUUUGCAGACGAGCAGCUUGGAGGCUUAGUAUGUUUUGAGGAGCUCACCAAUUAUAAAUUGGUGUCUUCUUCAAAAGUGGGAGAAGAAACAAGCAAGAAGAGGAAACUAAAAAGUGGGUGUGAAGAAGAGAUAGAGUCAGAGGAAGGCCCCAGCACCAUUCCUCAAAAGAAAAGGAAGAAGAAGAAAAGUGAGGAGAGUGAAGCAAAGAACCAAGGUGAAGUAGAAGAGGAGAACAUCAUAAUAGAUGAGGAAGCCAUGAGUAAAGAGACCCUUGCUGUCUGUGAGAGUGGGGCAACAGAUGCUACAAGCUUAGAAAAGAAACGAGUGAAGAAAAAGAAAAAAAGAAACCAGAAGAAAAAAGCAGAACUUUCCCAAGAUACCAUUGAACCAGUUCAAUCUUCUAAAAAGGCUAAAAACUGGACCAAUGUCUUAUCUGCAUCUUCAGAUCAGAAAGCGAAUAUUUCUGCAUGGAAAGGUCUCUUUGUUCCUAAACCUGUUCUUCAAGCAUUGAGUGAAUUGGGUUUCAGUGCUCCCACUCCUAUACAGGCUCUGGCGCUACCUUCUGCAAUUCGAGAUAGCAUGGAUGUCCUUGGUGCUGCAGAAACAGGAAGUGGAAAGACGCUUGCUUUUGCCAUCCCAAUGAUCCAUUCUAUUCUCCAGUGGUACAAAUCAAGAGGAUUGCCAAAGGGAAGCAAGAUCCAGCUUGAAGAUGGAGGAGAUAGCGAAGAGGAGUUGUCAAAGGAAGAAGCUAGCGAGGACAUUGGAGGCCUGAGCUCUGCUGAAGCUAAUUGUGCUGCAAUCAGCAGUGUUGAAUCUUUGGUUACACUCUGUGAGAAGGCAUCAGAGGAUGGAGACCAUCCAAAACAUGAUACUGUUGGAGAGAGAAGCAAUCCCCUUUUGGGGUUGGUCUUGACUCCUACAAGAGAACUGGCUGUUCAAGUAAAGCAUCAUAUAGAUGCAGUGACCAGAUACACAGGUAUCAAAACAGCCAAUCUUGUUGGAGGAAUGGCUCCUCAGAAACAACAGAGAAUCUUGAAAAGGAAACCAGAAAUUGUAAUUGCGACUCCAGGGCGCCUAUGGGAGCUGAUUCAGGAGAAACAGCCACAUCUCUCAAGCCUAAAGCAGCUCAGGUGCCUGGUGAUCGAUGAAGCUGACCGGAUGGUGGAGAAGGGGCAUUUCUUAGAACUCUCUCAGCUGCUAGAAAUGUUGAACAGCUCUCAGUAUAACCCAAAGCGCCAGACCUUUGUCUUCUCUGCCACUUUGACUUUGAUCCAUCAAGCCCCUGCUCGUGUUUUUCAGAAGAAAAAUGCUAUCAGAAUAGACAAAAAGACCAAGUUGGAAUUGCUAAUGCAAAAAGUGGGGAUGAAGAGCAAGCCAAAAGUGAUAGACUUGACAAGGAAAGAGGCCACAGUAGAGACCCUGACGGAGACCAGAAUCCACUGUGACACAGAAGAGAAAGACUAUUUCCUCUAUUAUUUCCUGCUUCAGUACCCUGGCAGAACCAUGGUUUUUGCCAACAGUAUAGAUUGUAUCAAACGUCUCACUGCUCUUCUAACCAUACUGGACUGCAACCCUCUGCCUCUUCAUGCAAACAUGCACCAGAAACAAAGGUUAAAAAGCCUCGAGAGGUUCGCUGAACGCAACAGUGCAACCCUCCUGACAACAGAUGUUGCAGCUCGUGGUCUGGAUAUUCCCCAUGUGCAGCAUGUCAUCCACUACCAGGUUCCUCGUACUUCUGAGCUGUACGUGCACAGAAGUGGCCGGACUGCCCGAGCUGCUAAUGAGGGGCUGAGCUUGUUGCUGAUUGGUCCAAGUGACAUGAUGAAUUUUAAAAGAAUUUAUAAGACCUUAGAGAAGAGUGAAGAGCUUCCUUUUUUCCCAGUUGAAACAAAAUGUAUGACUGCUAUCAAGGAGCGGGUAAACCUAGCAAGACAGAUUGAGAAAGUGGAGUAUUUUAACAGCCGAGCAAAACAGCACAACUCUUGGCUCCAACAAGCUGCAGAAGCACUUGAACGUGAUCUGGAUGAUGACGAGCUAAUAGGGGGUAAACCCAGUGAGCAAGAGGAGAGUGAGAAGCAGAAAAUGCUCAAGGGAAUGAAGAAACACCUGAAGCACUUGCUCUCUCAGCCAGUAUUUAAGAGCCUCAUGAAGACCAAAUACCCAACGCAGUCUGGAAAGCUACUCCUUUCUGAGGCAAUGGGGGAGCUUUCCCAGACCGCUUUGGGCACUGUGUCAAGGAUGCAAGCCAAGAAGAAGAAGAAGAAACAACAACAACAACAAAAUGUAGCCAAGUGAAAUCACUAACUGCAAUUGAAAGAUUGUAAGAGAAGUAUCUUUUAUCCCCAUCCAGCCAUUACAGGCUUGGGCCAGCACACCCCAUUCUGGACCAAUGACAGCUAUAUAUACAGAAUGCAUUUAAGACUCUUCGUUUUGGAGAGUAUGUUAGAGAAAACACUUGUUUGUAGUCCUUUAAUUUUAUGCCAGCAUUUGAGGGUUAUAUUUUACCUUCAGUUCAGAAGGUUAUAGGAGUAAUAGGUCUCUUCAUUUUGUGUCAAAAGAGAAAGUUGAAUUCCACAAGAAAAAUAAAUACAAAGAUUUACUCUAAGAAUGUAUAUUUUCCAAUUUUAACAGGAAAUCUUUAUUAAAAUCUUAAAAUAUU